CAUUCUAUAAAACUCAUUUGCCUCUUCCUUCCUCCACUCAUCACAUUGCCAUUGCUGCUUCAACCUCUCUACUUCCAGUUUCCUUCUUCUCAAGAAAACUUUUGGAGAAUAUUUCUUUCUCUCACUAUGGAUGUUCUCCACUUCUUGUUUGGUGUUUUUGGAAAUGCUACUGCUUUGUUCCUCUUCUUGUCUCCAACGAUUACAUUCAAGAGAAUCAUAAAGAGCAAGUCUACAGAGCAGUUCUCAGGGAUCCCAUACGUGAUGACUCUCCUCAACUGUCUCCUCUCAGCCUGGUAUGGUCUGCCAUUUGUGUCCAAGAACAAUCUUCUGGUGUCAACAAUUAAUGGGACAGGAGCAGCAAUUGAAAUUGUAUAUGUGUUAGUUUUCAUUGUCUAUGCACCAAGGAAGGAGAAGAGCAAAAUCCUUGGCCUUCUUACUCUGGUGCUAGCUAUUUUUGCUACUGUGGCCUUUGUGUCUCUGUUUGCCUUGCAUGACAACUCCAGGAAGCUCUUCUGUGGCUUUGCUGCCACCAUUUUCUCCAUCAUCAUGUAUGCCUCACCUCUGUCUAUCAUUAGGUUGGUGAUUAAAACUAAGAGUGUAGAAUACAUGCCAUUUUUCUUGUCACUAUUUGUGUUCCUGUGUGGCACUUCCUGGUUCAUCUAUGGCCUACUCGGCCGCGACCCUUUUGUUGCUGUCCCAAAUGGGUUCGGCUGUGGUCUAGGUACACUACAGCUGAUCUUAUACUUCAUCUAUCGCAAAAACAAGGGUGAAGAUAAAGAUGCAGCAGCCACAAAGCAAUCUGUGGAGAUGGGUUCAUCAGAAAAGCCACAGCAAGAGAAGAAAAUGAUGGCAAAUGGAUCAGCGGACGAGCAAGUUUAAGAAGGCUGCAUAACUUUUGCUACUGCUUAUACGGCUGAUAUUCUCUAAAGGCCUCAGUCAUCGCCCCAGCCAAUAGCAUAUAUAUUUUAAGAUUAAGAAAGGAAAAAAAAGAAGAUAAUUGGUAGCAAAAGAGAAGAGUUGGGGAGUGAGAGUGUUUGAUAUGAAGUUUUCUUGCUUUUUAAUUUUGUGGAACUGAUAUCCAAUGAAAAUGCCAAUUUAGGUGAUGAAGAAUUUGUGUAGAAACAAGGCAGUAAGAGUUGGUGUAGCUUGUGUUCAUCACGUGGGCUGUGACCACUUCUUUGUCA